AUGCACCCAGUCAAGGUCGUGGACCCACCAAAUAGCAACAUGGUUCUUCGGCAGGGAAAUGUGUCCCAGGAAGAAGUGCAAGAUAUGUCAUAUUUGGGCACAAAUGGGGGGGAAGACACAGGGAAUGAUCAAACUAACCCUGUUGAGGCGUCAUUACAUGAAAAAGAGGAAAAGCCCCAGGUUGGUAAGCCUCAGCCAUUCUCGCAUCAUAUUUGGGAUCCAGAAGUUAGACCUAUGCUCAUUGCGUAUUUAAAACCUGUAUUUAUGAUGACAUUGAUUGUGAUGGUGAUGGUCUGGCUAUUCUGCAGCAUUUACUGGGGGUCUAUGUAUGGGUACAACGAAAACUCGCCCCGAAUUGUUGGUGCUAUUGUAAACCGUGAUAAUGGUUUGAUUGGUCAAAGCAUUGCUCAAGCUUUCCUUGAUUUGAAUGGCAAUGAUAACGAGCUCCCCCAUUCGACAUGGGAGCUUCACGAUACAUCGGAAUUUCCUGAUCAUACUUCUUUGGUCAAUGCUGUACAGCCUAAAGAGAAGUUUUACAUCGCUUUGGAGAUCGUUGAGGGUGCUACGGAUAAACUGAUUCGUGCUCGAGGCGCAGGAGAUUCUUCCUACGAUCCAAGAGUGGUCAAUAUUAUCUUCGCCACGGCUAUGAAUCCUACGACUGUUCCCAGGUAUAUUACAGGUCCAGCGCAAAAAACUUUUGGCAAAGCACAGGUUAAACUUAAUGCCCAGCUAACAUCUCAAUUUCUAUCAGAAAAUGUAAACAACCCUGAGGCCAUUGAAACAGCAAAUCGCGCACCUUUAACGCUUGUGAACCCCGUUGCAUCGAACAUGAUGGAUCUUCGACCGUGGAAAUCGAACGUGGGUAUGGCACCAACGUUUGUUGGUAUGAUUUACCUUGUCAUUUUGUCAUUCCAGAUUGUCAUGGCUGAAUAUAUGGGCCGAUUUGCCAUUCAACCAUAUUUGCAUUUUAAGGCGUUCGCUAUACUCCGUAUUGCUACGCCAAUGGUUGCUUCUUUCUUUGUUUCUGUCAUGAUCUCUCUCCUCAAUAUUCCCUUCGAUCUUCCAUUCGACGCCAUGUUCACUUAUGGUGCUGGUUUUAUGGUAUAUUGGAUGUGCACACUGUGUGGCAUUGUUGUUUUCAUGCUUUGCUUGGAGUCCGUGAUCACCGUCACUACUCCCAAGUUCAUCGGCGUAUUCCUUGUUCUUUUCAUCAUCUCCAACGUGAGCGUCAGUAAUUCAGAACUCAAACUUCAGCCCAGCUUCUAUUUGUAUGGAUAUGCCAUGCCAUUUUACAAUCUUCGUCGGAUCUAUCUUGCUAUUAUGUUCAAUGUCGGCGAACGACUGAAAAUUUUGAAAUACAUUGGUAUCAUUUGGGCUUGGAUAUUCGCCGUUGCGGCAUCAUUCGCUCUCAUUAUUUGGUCCGAGUACCUUAAACGCUUCAAAGCACACAAAAAGUCACUUGAACAAAACAAAUCACCUUAG